AUGGUGUCCUUUUGGGAAUUUGUAUCUGAGCAAUGGCAAAAGCUCCCUGUCCUCGCUACGACGGAGACCUGUGCUGGGAAAACGUAUAUUGUUACAGGCUCCAAUACCGGCUUAGGGCUUGAAGCCGCGAAGCAUUUAGUCCGUGUCCGAGCUAAGAAAGUGAUUAUCGCAGUCCGAAACCUUAAAGCAGGUGAAGCGGCGAAGGCCGAGAUCGAGUCCGCGACGAACAAUCGCGGCAUCGCCGAGGUAUGGCACCUCGACUUGACAAGCUUUGAAUCCGUCAAAGAUUUUGCGAAGAGGGCUAUCGAGAAAUUAGAUCGUAUCGACGGUCUAAUCGAAAAUGCCAGCGUCGCGCUCGUCAAGUUCUCCCUUGCAGAGGGAUACGAGUCAUCCUUCACCGUCAAUGUUCUGAGCAACUUUCUUCUGGCGAUCCUCCUCCUUCCAAAGAUGACCGAGACGGCGAAACGCUUCAACAUCCAGCCUCACUUGACAAUUGUUACGAGCGAAGCUGGAUUUGCAGUCAAGGAGGCCUUUGAUAGUGUAAAGGAUAAUCUACUGACGAGGUUGAACGACCCGAAAACGUCGGAUAUGAGACAAAGGUACCCGGUCACCAAGCUCAUCCAACAGUUCGCAGGCCGCCACCUCGCAGCCCUUCUACCAGUUUCAAAAACGGGGGUUGUCCUGAACCUUGUGAACCCUGGCCUAUGCAGGACUGCGCUUAGCCGAAAUGCAGGAUUGCUUUUGCGUCUGCAGAUUGUCAUAGCCAACUUUUUUAUCGGGAGAACUGUUGAAAUGGGUAGUCGCACGUUGUUACACGCAGUGGUAGCUGGGGAAGAGAGCCACGGGUGCUACGUCUCGGCUUGCGAGGUUAAGGAACAUCAGGUACCCAGCUGGGUUAAAGGUGACGAGGGUAGGAAACAAGGAAAGCUUAUAUGGGAUGAGAUAGUAAGGGUUCUUGAGACAGUUAAUCCUGGUUGUCUGAGUAAAGUGUUGUAA